UAGCAGGCCGCAGAUGGGCGUUCAGGUAACGUCGCGACGGAGGAGCCAGCCGGAUAACUCCUUUGGGUAGAUAACGUCGGCAGUCCAGUUGUGAAGGCCCGGUGAUAAAUAUCGAUAUGUGUGCCCGCACCGAACCUUAAGGCUCUGUGAGGUUAUAUACCUACAGUCAGUGUUCAGAUUUCAGUUUCCAUUUAACCCUUAUAAACAGUAGGCUACAGUUCCCUUGACAUGACAUAGGCCAAUUUGAAGUCCCGUCUUGUGACUGUCGAAUAUGUAUAGCGCCUCACAAUCAUGACACGUAACAUAGCUGGCACUGGUAUCAUCCUCUGUAAUCACUUCACCAAAUAUAUAGUUUUAUGGCCAACCCUUCUCUUUAUUUUCAAUUCUCCUUCAGCAUCUUUUAUCUUAUUGAAUUAAACUUCGACAAUGGCCUUUUCCCCCGUGGAUUGACAUUAACGUUAACCUUAAUAUGCGAGGUUAAAAUUGUGAUUUGAAAGGACAUGUCCUACUUGCUAAAUCUGUGCCAUUCAGGUCUCCAUAGUGUCAGAUCUAUCAUGCCAGAGUUCGUUCAGAGGCUGAUCAGUAGUCAGAGGAUUUAGCAACUGCUUAGAUUUAGCAAACGAAUGUUAGUAGCUAGUGAAGCUAGACGAAUUUGAGGGCACAUCUGUUGCUUGCGUAGAACAUUGUUUAGUAGGGUAGUAAUUUAGCAAUCGGGUGAUACAUAUAACGUUAGCUAAGAUAGCUAGCCUAACGUUGACGUUACAUACUUAGUAACGUUGGCUGGCUAAUUUAGCAUAGCAAUCCACAUCCAUGCAAUGGCAGGAAACGUGAAAGACAAGGAGGCUUUUCAAAGACUGAACUUCCUGUAUCAGGCUGCACACUGUGUUUUGUCUCAAACCUCUGAGAAUGUGGAGUUAGCUCGUUUUUACUGCUUCACUCAGAAGACAAUCGCAAAACGUUUGGUACUGAGACAAGACCCCUCAGUGAAAAGAACAUUAUGUAAGAAGUGCCUCUCUUUGCUGGUCCCAGGAGUAACUGCCACAGCCAGACAGAGAACGACUAAGCAUAGAAACCGCAUGACUGUGCUGCGAUGUCUUCGCUGUGGGCAGUGCAAGAGGUUCCUAAACAAUCCGGAGCAUCGCCUGUGGGUGGACCAGCCUGAGGCUCAGCUGGAGAACCAAUCACAGCCAGAACAAGGUCCCUCCACUAAAGAGUUGAAGGAGAAAGCAGAUGGACCCAUAUCGCAGCUAUCCUCCACAGGGCCUUCCUCUACCCAGCACCAGGUGCCUCCAUCCAAGCCCAAAACCUGAGCCCUGUGGCCUCAGUAGCCCAUUCGCAACUGGACAUAGCUGCUUUGUGUGGCUUUGACACAUAUAGUUAAAAAAUAUCAUAAAUGUUUGAAUAUGAUGUUGUUGUUUUUUUUGCCAGUGACAACCUGUUACAUCAGUGGUAUGAUGUAACAGGUUGUCAUUGUAAUGGGAGAGGUUGAGGUUGGUUAAAAAUACAUUUGAUGUUUAGUUUACCUCAACGUGCUCACAGUGUACAGGAAGUUCAGGAACGACAACCAAUGUUAAAUGUCCUUUUCAUAAACAUUUAUUUUUAAUUUAUUUAUUACUUCUGUAAGAACACAGGCGAUAUGAGUUGUACUAUCAUAAAUGUACAGAUGUUCUACAGCCCACACCUUCUUUGUCAGUAACUUAAAGAGAGAAUAGGCUGUUGAAUAUAAUGCUCAGUGCAUAAUGAAAUAUCUUCUCCCAAUAGGAACAAAAUUGAGUAGUGUGUUCCUAAUGCACUAUAUGUCCUAUAUUGCCUCAGCUGAGGUGGAUGAUGUCUUUCUUUCACUUUUUCUUUUCAUCUCCGUCCCCCUUUGGCACCUGUACGUGGGUCUUCUGGGAAUACAGCAGAUUCUUUGCAAAAAUCCUGGGGAUGUGACCCAUGUACAGGAGAAGGGCCAGGGUCAUUCCUGAAAAAAGGAUAUCUGUAUUACCAGCUUGAUAAGCAAUUAUGCCUCAUUGUUAUGCAUAAAGCCUGUUUCACACAUUACCUUUGGCAAUUACAUUUUGUCUAUUGGUAUACUUUUAUUAGGGGUUUGUAUAUAAUGAACCAUUUCUGAUUUGACUUACCAAUAA